AUGACAUCGGCUGAGGCUGUGACGGAUAUACAAGAUGCCUUCAACGCUGGAUUUGAUGGUUUUGCUCUCAACACUCACACAAUCAGUUCGUCGGAUUCUUGGAACACUGAUGCUCUAGACUACCUGUUUGCCGCUGCGUCUGGAACCAGCUUCAAAUUGUUCAUCUCCUUUGACAUGAGCUGGGGCCUCGACGUCUCACAGCUUGCUGCAUUUCUAGCACCGUACGCCUCCCAAAGCGCAUACUACAAAGUCAAUGGCCAGGCAUUUGUUAGUACCUAUACCGGAGGUACAAUCUCCAAUUCCCAGUGGGACUCUGGAUUCAUUCAGCCGCUUAUCUCAACCUAUGGAAUUAUUCCAUUCUUUGUGCCCGACUUUGACGACUUCUCCGGAUAUCCGACUGGGGUUUUUAGCUCCUAUCCAAUCCUGAAUGGAGUUUUUAGCUGGGAGAGUGCUUGGCCAUCUCCAGGCAAUACGCCAGCCAAUGUUAGUGAUAGUAUUGACUCAGCGGCGCUCCAGGAAGCACGUGCGGCUGGAAAGAUCUAUAUGAUGCCUCUAUCCUCUUACCAGUUCAAGUACCUCGGAAUUGGCCAAGACUGGUACCGUAUCGGAGAAGUCAACCUGCCCGAGCGCAUGGGCCAGAUUCUGCAGCUGCAGCCUGACUUCGUGGAGGUCAUUACCUGGAACGACGCUGGCGAGAGUCAUUAUGUCGGCGACUUCUGGCCAGAGCAAAUUGCUGGCAGUACUAUUGGCGAUUACGCCAACGGAUUCGACCACAAAGGGUGGCUGGAAGUCAUCACCCCAUUCAUCAAGGCAUACAAGGUCGGGGCUACAAGCAUUUCCGAUAUUGCAACUCCCAGCGGCAGUCCAGUGGGUGCGUUUUGGUACCGCACCUUGUUGACAAGUGCGAGUUGCUCUUCUUCUAUCGCCAAUUACCAGUCGGCGCGGGAUACCGUCAACUUUGCAGUCAUUCUUCCUUCAACGGGCUAUACGAUCGAACUGUACAGCAACAAUAACCUCAUUGGCAGCUUUGCCGGCCAGAAAGGCUUGAAUUACAACAGUGUGCUCGGCCUGGCUGCUGGUGGUGGGCAAAUGAUCCAGAUUGUGGAUGGCGCUAAUAACGUGGUUGCAUCAGCUACUGGAACCAAGAUCGUUUUGACACAGAGCCCGAACGCUACCUGCAACUGGAAUUACGAGGUUGUGGGCUUGUCUUGA